GGCAUGCCUUCGGGCAGGCAUUCACGCCACUUGUCUGAAUAUUCUUGCGGCCACGCGCAGCCGAAGAACGAUAGCUGGAGCCACCAAGAGGACGAACAUCAGCUCGGAUAAGCUGCAGAAGCCUAUCAACAAGACACAAGCAGCACGACGACACCCCAACGCCCCAGGAGAAACCUCCGCUUAUGGCUGAGGCGGACUUGUUGCCGUACAUCCCUUCUUGUGGACGGCUGAACCGUGACAUCCAAGACAAUGCGUGGCUGUACAGCUCAGCCUUUCUCAUUCUUUCAAUGCAAGCAGGUGAGGUGAGGCGAGGCGAGGCGAGGUGAGCUGUCCCUCCCGAAAGUUGGUUGUGUCUUGGUGCCACCUGCAACGAUGUGUGGUUGGGCGUACACACUUUGUCAGGUUUUGGUAUGGUGGAGGCGGGAUGUGUGAGCAAAAAGAACAACGUCAACAUCAUGAUGAAGGUAGAUAAGAGGGGCCGGCUCUUCUCCGUGUGUUUUGACAAGCAUGGUGGUAUGGAUGCACUGCGAUCAGAAUAUGGCCGAUAUGGUGGUGGGUGGACUGUCAUUCUACUUCAGUAAGCUAGACCACCCAUCACAUGUUCAGCAGAAAUGUAAGUGUGUGUGUGUGCGCUCAGUUGGGUAUCCGAUUGCCUUCACUCUUUUGAGCUGGCAAUGGGAAUUCGAGCCGCAGGACUCGGCACACUGGUACAGCGAUAGUCAAGGCCUGCACAACACAGACCUCCAUUGGUCUGCAGGUUUUUCCAGUUCUCGUUUGCAGCCACGGCAUCCACCAUCGAUUCAGGCGCCGUCGCAGAGAGAAUCAGGUACAGAAAUCGCAGUCUUCGUCGACUGCACCGCGUCCACAUGUGUGUCCUCAGCUUCGGCCCGUACAUCGUCAUCUCUGCCUUGACGGCAGGCUUUAUCUACCCCAUGUGCGCGUGGGCCGUAUGGAACGAAGACGGCUUUUUGUACCAGCUGGGGUUUGUUGAUUUCGCUGGUGGUGCUGCGAUCCAUGCCCUUGGUGGGAUGGGCGCCUUGGUGCUGAUCUUCAUUCUUGGUCGGUCGCCAGUCAGUCAGUCAUACACACGGAUGCAUCCAUCCGCCGGGGCCGACACGUCGCUUCAUCGAUCGACGCACCCGUGUGUGUACAUAGGGCCACGGAUCGGGAGGUUUAAGGACUACAAACCGUCACAAAGGAGGUCAGAAUGAGGGCUAUGGAGAGAGGACACAUGACAACCUUCCCGCGUCUCGGUGUGUCUGUAUAGGCUGUUCCAACCGCUGUGCCAGCGCCCGGCUGAUCCCUUGUACUACCAGGUAGGCACACACAGAGAGAGCAUGCAAACCAGGAAUGGUAGUGCCUGCCGGCCAUGAGUGCAUCCUUACACAAAUACUUGAGAUCCUUAGCUGAGCCAGGCAGGAAAUGCGCCGCUUUGUCUCUGCAUGGUUGCAUUGAAGGCCUCUUCCAGCGUGCCUAAAGUCACGAAGAUGCCGCAGGCGACUCUCUGCCUGUUCGGGACGCUUCUGCUCGUGUUUGGAUGGUACGUAUAACCAUUCAUUCUUAUCAUACAUACGCCAUAAUUGCACACAUACACACACGCAUACAGACCUGUAUGUAGCAUUAGUGGCUGACUAUCCACCUGAACCAGCUGUGGCCGACUACCGGUUUUUGAACUCAUGGCGGGUUGUGGUUGGUGUGCUUGACAGUGGAUGGAUGGAUGGAUGGCUGUACGUCUAUCGUAUGUGUGUCCGUGGGGGUGCGUGUGGGUGUCUAGGCGCCGACAAAGACGUACACCAUCUCGCCCUGCCCAGAUGCAGUGUCUCUGCUCUUUGGGACAUUCAUGCUCUUGAUUGGAUGGUCAGUCUGACCGUUCAGCUCAGCCACACAGACAGACAAUACGCAUACACACACCUCAUCUACGUACCAAUACGUACACACAUACAUACAUACAUACGUGCGUAUAGGUAUACAUGAAACCACCAGCCCAUUGUCUCUGUGUGUCUGUGUGUAUGUCUCAGGUUUGGCUUCAAUCCCGGUUCGGUUGCCGCCAUCUCUGGCGAGAAUGUUUAUCUCGUCGGCAUCGUCACUGUCAACACUACCAUGGGUACAUAUUGACGGCAGUGAGACGGACGGCCAAUCAAUGCGGCCCUCCUCGCGGAAUUGUGCAGGUGCGCUGGGUGGCGGCCUCGCUGGCCUCACAUGGUCUUUGCUGUUCUCGAGCACACGCAAGGCGCAACCCGAAGACAUCUCCUGUGGGGUACUCUCCGGCCUCGUGGCCGUCACCGCCGGUAUGGAUGCAUCACCGUCUCCUGCAUACGCGACUCCUGCAUGCCUUCGUGCUUCUGUUUAUGUGUGUGCGGUGUCUGUCCCGCGCCCAUUCAGGUUGUUUGUGGUUCAAGACCUUUGACAGCUUCAUUGUGGCUGUCACGGGGGGCUACAUAUGCUUCGUGUGCAAGAUGAUGCUCGAGUACUCUAGGGUAAGUGAGUCAACAAGAUAACUCCGAACCGACCACGCACUUUUUUGGGUUCUCAGUUGGACGAUGUCGUCGGCGCCAUACCUGUUCACAUGGGUAAGUCGGCAGCCAGGACCUGAUUGAUGUCUGCUUCGUGUCUCUCUGUUGAUGCAGCUGCCGGCAACUGGGGCGCGUUGGCUAUCGGCCUGUUCGCCAUCCAGAACCAGUGCGGUGGGAGAGACCUCGUGGGUCUCUUCUACGCGAAGGGCAAAGAUCAAACGACAGCCGCAUGGGAACUGUUUGGCGCACAGGUCAGCCACCGCAGAGGGGCAGACAGACUCAUCAUCCCUUCUCCCUUCUCCCAUCGCUUACUCAUUCAGUUGGCCGGUGUGUUGGUGAUUAAUCUGUGGGCGGCCGUGACGACGGGCGGACUGGCCAUCCUCCUCAACUACACGGGAUUCCAUUUGAGAGCCUCCAGAAAGGACGAACUCCUGGGCCUGGACGUCACCGUAAGCCCAUUCCACUAUCGCCCCAUGAUUGGCAAUCAGCAUCCUGGGCCUCGCGUGUCGCAGGAACACGACACCGAAGAGCACGAUGUCUUGGAUCACAUACUUCGCGGCCUCAUCAUGAACCUGGGAUCCGUCGAGUGGCGUGACAAAGAUGCCAAGGACAACCUUGACAUCCUCUAUCGGGCGUUCAACAAGGCCAAAGUGCGGCUGAACUACUCCAAGUUCAGUAAUCCGCUGCCCAAAGACGGCAACAAAUACAUGAUGGAGAUUGCCCAGGAACAAAACCUGGUACGCGGCAGAAAGUGGUGGCACUGCCUGCGUCAUCCAUGUAUGUGCUGGGUGUGGAUCUGCAGGACGUUGUGGGAGUCUUGAAUGUAACUAUCUGCAAGCUCUACGGCCUGUCGCCCGUCGACCCAACCAAACGAUUCGACCUCUACGUCCAUGUAGGCACAAGCUCACGCAGAAGUGGAGAGGUCACGUGUGCUUUUGUGUACGUAUGGUCAGAUCGAGUUGGUGGACGGAACUCCCCUGGCCGCCCACUUCCAGCCCUUGCUGCAAUCCCUCGGCUCCCACUACAGCAAGAAGACUCGCGUCAAGGUCACACACACACAUACACGCGCUAGCAAUCGAAUGCACCAACCCUCUUCCCUCAUGUCUCUGCCCUGUCUGUCCAUUCAGCGUAAGUCAUUGAAUCCCGAGUGGUCGGAGAGCAUCGAUUUCGCCAUCAGAGAUCAUUUUGACUACAGCAGGCUGCACGCGUGGUUCCGCCUCAUGUGUGUGGCCGUAACGGGCAAAUCGAUAGCUCUGGCCGAGGGCCAGCUACCGCUCGCCGACCUGCUGUCGGGCGAUAUCUCGAUGCCCACACACAGGAACAGUUUGAGGAACGAUGACUCCUCGGCCUCGGCCGCUGGUGCUGGUGAAAGUGAGAGUGUGGCCAUGUCGCCAUCAAAGCCUGGCCUCGUCAGGGGCCGACCAAGCAUUGAGAAGAAGGUGAGGCGAGAGGGCGAGAGGGCGAGAGGGAGGUACAAAGGAGACGGCUGAUGGUACAUGCCUCUGUGUUUUGUUUGUCAGGAGACCAGGAUCCAGGUCGAGCUCAGCGAGCCUCAGGUCCGUGAGAUGCGCAAGGGAAGCGUGGCGUCCAUCCAGGACGCCGCCGACCCCCUCUCCUCGCCCAAAGACCUCCUGCGCGACUUCAACACGUAACCAAGACACACAUGCGAUAUACGCACCCUCUUCAAUGUAUAUGUACUCUUGUCGGUCUUCCCUCUAUCUCGUCUGUGCUCCUUGUUCUCCAGUCGCCGCGCAUUGGAUGCAUCCGGGUCUCGUAACAAGUUGAUACUCUUCAAGAAGGGCAGCUGGGUCAAGAAGCACUCGAAAAUGUUCUCAGAGGACGACGAAAGAGAGGCCCGCUCCCCGUCUCAAGACAUCACCAACGUUAUCAACACCACGGCCCUCGACGCAGCGGCCGCACUCGCACAGACACAGCCGGAGACAUCCAUGCUCGAAGCACCGGCCAGUGCUGUGCUCCACGAUGCCGCACUGUGCCUGCGGCCUGCGCAUCUGAAGGGCGAUAACGCCGCUGUAGACGACGAGGAAGAUGACAGGCCGACCCAAGAAAUCCCAGGUGGUCAAAAGGAAGAGCCAGGACAACUGCAGCCGCAAGAUGCCGUCUCAGAGACCACAGAGAUGGCGAAACAGAAAGGCCGUGUGGACUUUGACAUGAACGAGGACGCUGAGCGCGGCCCCAGGGCGUAUGGGUCGGCUGCCGCGUCACGGCGCGAUUCAGUCAACAGUUCCAUCACGGGGAGGCGACACGAGUUCUUCUGCCUCGAGGUGGACGUGUGCUACACGCCCGUCGAUGCGCGGCCUAAACGCAUGUCGGAGCUAAGGGUGAGCGAAGGAUUGCUGGAUGUACCGCAUUCGCCCGCCCCUCCCCCUCUCUCUCUCUCUCUGUGUGUGUAUGUGUGUGUGUGUAGUGUCUGAUGCAGGAGAAGGAGAGCGCCGCGCGUGACAUGCGCGAUCUGCGCAACAAGUACGUGAGGCGGAGACGCGGCAGCAGCAGCGAUGCCUCAUCAGGCUCCAGAAUAAGCGACGAGUAGGCAGACAGAGAGGGAGCGGGACACCAGCAGAUGGAGGCGUACACCUCUCCAUGUGUGUGUGUGUGUGUGUGUAUGUAUUUGCGUUUUGCUGCCAGCCACGCGGACACAGAUGAGGCUGGAGAUGGCGAGCAUGAAGGCCGUGUGUUCGCCUGGGCCCGCAGGCUGAAGGAGGCCUUCAACCACGCCGCCGCCCACCAUCACGACGUGGUGUCUCCCCGUCUGGAACCACGAUCGGUGUCAGCAGGGGUCCCUGGGAGCAGGCGGCUGUCCCUCAUGGGCGCAGUGGUCAACAAUGUAGGCCGCCUCUCACGCAGAAGCAGCGAGGCUUUCAAAACAGGGUUAGUCAGUCGAUGAGUGAGUGAAGGAAAAGAGACGCGCAUGGCUGCAAAAGGGUGUGUGUUUGGGACAUCAUGCCAUGCAGGAGUAGCAACAUGGGCGGCCAUCGCCACCGUGCCAGCGUCAUCUCCGAGCCAGAUGGAGGCGGUCCGCACAGGAGACCCUCACUCACAGACGCACUUGCCAAGUUUUUCACCCCAAAGUAAGCAGGCAGGCGGGGAGAGAGGCCAACCCAACGCCACUCAUGUGUAUGUCUGCCUCAAGCAGGCGGGCAUCGUCAUAUGUGCCGAGUUCCCACCAACACAACCAUCCGAGCCAGCCGGUGGGCGACCACAGCGCCCCGCAUGACGGGGAUGGGCCCUCGUCGCCGCCCUCAUUCGCACCGGGGCAGAUGGAGACAGAGACACAGACACCCACCCGCCAGCCACAUCACCCACACACCGUCACAUGACUGGAGGGAGGGAGCCACACGCAUGGCCUG